AUGUCCAUUCAUAAUGUCCAAAAUGGACAAGUCCUCCCAUUUUCUACCAUGACAUUCCCCAAGGACCUAUUUCCCUUUGCUUCCAUACCAAAGGAAACCGCGGAUCAUUUCUCCCUAACACUAUGGUGCAAAUCCAUUCUCGGAGACAUCUCCCUUCACCCCUUUUCUUCCGAGUCGCGAAUCCUCAAAGAACAUACCGGUGAUACCUUCACAGCCAUUACGCUCCGUAGCCCCGAAACAAUACCAUACGUCCAACUCUUCUACUCUCCACCUACGUCCUCGCGACCUUUUGGCGAAGUUGAUGCUUUGAUGAGUUUUGGUUCGCAUAUAAAUGGCCAUAUCGAUACUGCGCAUGGUGGAUUCAUUGGGGUAUUAUUAGAUGAUCUGAUAGGGUGUGCAGCAGAGACUGCCAGAUCUAAAGAAAAGACUACCAUGACGGCGUAUCUAAACAUUACAUAUAAGAAACCGAUUGGGACACCGGCGGUUGUGCUGGGUAGGAGCUGGGUGGAAAGGCAAGAGGGAAGGAAAGUUUUUGGGAAGGCUACUAUUGAGGAUGGAGAGGGAGUGGUGCUGGCUAGUGGGGAUGCGUUAUUCAUUAUUGUGGAAAGGGUGAAGCUGAAAGGAAAGUUGUGA